UCUUGUUUGGAGGCUGCUUCGGUCCUGCCACACUACCUCAUUGGACUGGACACACACACAUACAGCAGCACAGCGAGAGCGCUGCACAGUACAUUCAGAGUGAUGUUUCAGAGAUCAAUGCCCUCGGUGGCCCUAGUUGUCACCCUUAUUCUGGUUUUGGGGUGUAACACCCCUGCGGUACAGGGGAAUACCUGUGCUAAGGAAGAUAUGAAAUUUAAGGGAACAUGUUACAAGUUUGUCAAGCAGCCCGUGUCCUGGACACAAGCCCAGAAGUUUUGUAUCAGCAAAGGAGGGAAUCUGCUGCACUCUAUUGAUGGGGAGACAAAGGAGUUCCUCAAUCAGCAUCUGGACCAGGACCAGGCAUGGUGGGUCGGGAAGGACCUGUCAAAUGAGACUUCGAAAAUGAAACCAACCGACCCCCCUUCCUGGCUGCGGGGGUCAAGAGUUGACUCCUUCUGCACCUACAUCAUCCUUGACCCCACUUUACAGUUGGUGACCACAUCCAGAUGCAAUCUGAGGCUCUACUUUGUCUGCCAGAAAGAAUAUGAGGUAAAAAUCCGGAAGAGGCGUGACUCUAAUUCUACACAGACAUCUUAUUCUGAUACAAGUCAAUUCCAGAGAGCUCUGAACGUAACCAUGGAGAACAUGAGGAAACCAAACUUCAUCAUUGCCCAGGAAGAUAUGUUGCAGUUGGCUGAGAAGUUUUUGAACGCGGCAGAAAAGGAAGAUGAACAACCUUCAUUUACUCACAAGCUCCAGUACAUGAACAUCUUGUUGAACAGCUCUGCCAUGCUCCUUUCCAGAGAAGACCUGAACAAGAUGAGUGAAUUUAUCAUCAAAGGGGCCAAUUCAAUCCUAAUGUCCUCCAGAUCUGUCUGCCCCAAAGCAAAUGUCAUCUCUAAAGAGAUUGAAAUACUGUCAGAUCUGUAUAUGAAGAUCAUUGAUAAUAUCGAGCAGGCAAAACUGAAUGCAACUGAGCCUGGGGACCCUCCCUUCAUCACCAACACUGCAUUCUUCAGCUCCUACAUCUCCAGUGAAACAUUACAGGAUCUGGGCAACAUGAAUCUGUUUAUCAGUGACAAACAAGCAAGUUUUAUUUUGCCUGAUGUUGACACCAUGAAGUUAAAAAUAAAGACGGACCAGGCAAUCAAAAUACAGAUGAUGAGCUUUAAGCAUAACCCCUUCACCUGGCCGUCAAAGGAGAACAUCACUGGUACCGUGGCCAGCCUGUCAAUGAGUACUGCUGGACAACAGAUCGCCCUGAGCAACCUUACAAAGUAUAUUGAGAUUAUCCUCCCCCGUCCAGAGAUUCAAACCCCCCCCUUGACAUUUCUGAGCACCACCGGGAACCCUAUCAUCAUCACCCUCAACAUCACCAAUCCCAAUGAUACAGUCGUUGUCACUGUGGAGCCCAGCAUAACCGUCCUCCUGCAGCUGCACCUGGCACGAGGGUUCGAACCCACCUCAACAAAGUACCACUUCACCACCGACCUGUCAUUUAAUAAGCCAGCUGAUUAUCGCUGGUUGCUGACUCCAGAGAUGCUGAAUUCAGGAUUGGGGACCUGGUACCUCAAGGUCACUCCAGUUGAUUACACAGAAAAGAAAAACCUGACCUUCAGGGUGAUGACCUUCACCUCUCGUUGUUUGUUCUGGAAUCCAGGCAGCCAGGACUGGAGCGCCGAUGGCUGUAAGGUUGGCAUACGCUCUCAGCCCUGGGAGAUGCAUUGCCUGUGCAACCACCUGACGUUCUUUGCGAGCUCGUACUUCGUCAUGCCCAACACGGUGGACCUGUCACGCACGGCUGAGUAUUUCUCCACGAUCAAUCAGAAUUAUGUGGUGGUGUUGCUGGUCUCUGCCUUCUAUGCCCUCUACCUUGUCACAGUGGCUUGGGCCUGGUGGGAGGACAGGAAGGCGGUCAAGAAGAGGAACCUGACCCUGCUGACUGACAACAACCCCUGCGCUCAGUACCGCUACCUGCUGACUGUGUACACAGGGCAUCGGCGUGGAGCUGGCACCUCUGCCAAGGUGGUGGUGACUCUGAUUGGCUCGGAGGGGGAGAGUGACCCCCACCACCUGACUGACCCUGAGAAGCCUGUCUUUGAGAGAGGGGGGGUGGACAUGUUCCUGCUGACCACGCCCUUCUCGCUGGGGGAGCUGCAGACAGUGCGGUUGUGCCACGACAACUCAGGGGACUGUCCUGCCUGGUACGCAGUCAAGGUGGUGGUUAAGAACCUGCAAACAAUGCAGCGCUGGCACUUCCUGUGUAAUUCCUGGAUCGGCCAAGGGAAAGGUACAGGAGAACUGCAGAGGACCUUCACUCCCGCGCAAAAGAAUGAAAUUACCAGCUUCAGCAACAUAUUCCAUAGCAAGACGACAAGUGGGUUCAAAGAUCAGCAUAUCUGGAUUUCGGUUCUAGACCCACCCCAUCGCAGCCCCUUCACCCGGGUCCAGAGGGUCUCCUGCUGCAUGUCUCUCCUGCUCUGUACCAUGGCUGUCAACAUCAUGUUUUGGAACAUGCCUGUCGACCCCAAUUCCCCUGUCGUGUUCCAGUUUACUAGCGCAUUGGUGUUCACCAGCCAAGAAAUAAUGAUCGGAGUUGAGAGUGCGCUUCUCAUGUUUCCCAUAAACAUCCUCAUCAUCACCAUCUUCCGCAGUAUCAAGCCAAGAGAUCCCAAUUCCAAGAAAAGCAAAAAAAACGACCUUCCGAAAAAGAGCCCAUGCCCACAGACACCGUCCGAGGCCUUUGAAACUCUCCUUAAGGACACAAAGUUGCUAGUUGAUGCUCUCAGUAAAAAUAAAAAGAACAAUGUGCCACCGCUGGAUGGGGAUUUGACUUCAGGGACUGACUUCAACACGGCCCUGGACCUCAUCGAAAUGUUUAUCCUGCAGCUACAAGGAGAACAGAACCCCAGUGAGCCGCACUGGAUCCAUGCUAGUCGAUAUGUGUGCCUCAGCCUGAUGCACGUGUCUAAGGGUCUGGAAAACGUGGGGCCAGAAUUUUUCCCAUCCCCUGAGGCCUAUAAUUACUCUGCAAACAGAGUCAAACACAUGGUGCAGUACCUGGACCAAGUAUGCACCAAGCAAGCACCGGAGAGGCCCCCACCACCACCCAGCUCAAAGAAGAAGAAAGGCAAAAGUUGCAGUCUGCCCUGGUGGUUCGUGUUUAUUGGGUGGUUCAUGCUGCUGUCCAUUAGCGUCAUCUCCACCUUCUUCACCAUGCUGUAUGGCUUCAAAUAUGGGAAAGAGUCCUCUAUCAAAUGGGUGCUCUCCAUGGGGCUGUCGCUGUUUCAAAGCAUCUUCAUUCUGCAGCCGCUGAAGGUUGUGGGCCUUGCGAUUUUCUUUGCUCUGAUCCUGAAGCGAAUGGACGACGAGGAAAGUGAUGAGGUGGAGAAAAGUCUCUCAGAUCAAAACUGUUCCUGGGAGCAACUGAAAAGAGGAGUUGCACACGGGGGCUCCUGUUUCGAAUUGCUCUUUGAACGCCGUUCCUUUUAUGAGGCUCAGAGCCACUGUGAGGGCAAAGGUGGGCAUCUCGCCUUCAUCACCCAGGCAGAAACCCAGGCUUCUCUGCAGCUGCACCUUGAGCAUGGAACCGACUGGUGGAUUGGCCUAGCGCAUACAGCUCUUAACGGCAGCGAAUUCCAGAAAGCACCCCUGUCCUGGCUGGAUGGUACUGCUCUCUCUUUUACUAACUGGCUUGGGGCUGUCCAGCCACUACUAUUCUCCUCCCAGUGCGGCUACAUCCAGCACGAUUCUGGAUACCACUGGUCUCUCACCCCCAAUUGCACCCAGAAGCUCAGCUUCAUCUGCCAGUUUGGUCAGUGUCGUGAGGUGGGAGGGUGUAAAGUGACUGCUAGCUCGGCCCUUCUCCAAAAUCUCUGCCCCAACCUGGGAGGCUGCCUGCAGGUUGACUAUCACUGCAAGAAAGGACAGCCCAUCAGAACUCAAAGCUCCCUGGACUUUUUUGCUGUCCUGGAGGACUUGAUGCUGCAGUUCUUUGAUGUAGUUCAGACUCUCUCUUCCCCCAUGGAUUCGAUGAAUGCUGCUCAGAUCAUCAAGGGUCUCACCAAACCCACAUUCCUGCUCACCAUGAAAGCUCAGUUGACAGCCAGUCAGAUAUUGGAGGAACUCAGCUCUCAACAGCUCCAUUUGUCAGGUACCAAGUGUGUUUUGGUCAGCCAUCUGCUGGAGGCAGCCUUGGCUAUCUUCUAUGCAGCCGACUACAUCCUGGAGGCCAAGAGGUCCAACUUAGUCACUGAAAGCUGGGACCUACUCAACAAAAACCUAGCACAGGUGGAAUUGACUGAAUAUUAUGCUUUAACGGCUCUCCAUAAUAUCGAAACGACCCUGCUGAAACACAGUUCAUCAUCAUCAUCUCUGGGCUCAUACAGCAUCCAACAUCCUGCUUCCGUCAAUGUGACCUUCCCAGCAGUCUCUCUGGUCGAGGAGGAGCCCCGAGGGAAGCUUGGCAUCCAGUUCAGGAUGUUGGUGUUUCCCUUCAAUCCACUAUUCACAACCGCACGCCAUGACAUCAAUGGCACUGUGGCCAGCAUAAAGCUGACCAGAGGGAGGGAAGAGCUGAAAGUCAAAGGUGUUUCAAAAGACAUUGAGAUUUUCCUCUCAAGGCAUGUUUGCCAGGAUCCCACUGUGCGUCUGUCAACGAGUAGGAACGUGUUGACAGUGAGUGUGAAUGUGACAGCCCCUAUCAUAACCCUGGUGGUCUGUAUUGAGCCAGACAUCCCUGUCAACAUGACGAUGUACCUAGGGUUUGGGGUGCGGCCGCUGGAGGGGGUCAUCCUGGAGAGCGCCACCUUCCCCAAGCUGGGGUUAACAGGAGAACUAGCCUACACCUGGGUUUUGGAACCCCUCAGUCUAUCAAAAGGGGAAGGGGUCUACUUCAUCACUGCAGUAACCCAGAAGCCCAGCACUGCCCCGCACUCCACCCAGCCUUCCAAAAAUGUGACCUACAGCGUGACCACCUUCUCUACACAGUGCCUGUUCUGGAACACUAGCCUUGGAAAAUGGAGUGCUGAAGGCUGCAAGGUGGGCCCCAAGUCCACUCUGAAGUCGACGCAGUGCCUGUGCACUCAUCUGACCUUCUUCACCACCUCUUUCUUUGUCCAGCCGAACACCCUGGAUCUGCGCGACACGGUCAAGCUGUUUGCAGAUGUCUCCAACAAUCCUGUGGUGGUGGCGCUGGUGGGCGCGCUCUGCGGGGUCUACAUACUGUUAAUGGUGUGGGCUUGCAUCAAAGACCGCGGGGACAGUGCCAAGGUGAAGGUAACGAUUCUCAGGGAUAACAACCCUUUUGCCCGUUAUAACUACCUGGUCCAGGUUUUCACGGGACAUCGCUUCCAUGCCUCCACCUCUGCACAGGUAGUGUUGACUCUGAUUGGCUCGGAGGGGGAGAGUGAGCCCCACCACCUAACUGACCCUGAGAAGCCUGUCUUCGAGAGAGGGGGGGUGGACAUGUUCCUGCUGACCACGCCCUUCUCGCUGGGGGAGCUGCAGGGAAUACGACUGUGGCACCAUAACACAGGAGACAGUCCUGCCUGGUAUGUAAACAAGGUCUCAGUGUAUGACCUGGAAGCACAGCGAAAGUGGCCCUUCCUGUGCAAUUGCUGGCUGGCUGCAGACAUCGACGGCGCCACCCUGGACAGAGUCUUUCCCCCUGCCACUGAAUCUCAGCUGACCAUGUUCCGCUACCUGUUCAUGUGGUGGACGACGCAGAGUUUCGUUGACGGGCACUUGUGGAUGUCGGUUCUGACCCGGCCGGUUCGGAGCCGGUUCACCCGGGCCCAGCGGGUCUCGUGUUGCUUCUCUCUGCUGCUCUGCACCAUGCUCUGCAACAUCAUGUACUGGAACAUUACAUCUGGGCCUGACAGCCUCACCAUCGACCUGGGAAUCUACUCUUUCUCCUGGGCGGAUGUGAUGGUGGGGGUCCAGUCGGCUCUCAUGAUGUUUCCCGUCAACCUCUUGAUCGUGCAGCUCUUCAGACUGUCCAAGCCGAGGCCGCCCCGUGGCACAGAGAAAUCACACUUUGGAUGGGUUGUACUGCCCACUGCAAACUUUUACACAGGUCUUGGGAUUCGAAAUGAAAAACUGCCCUCCCCAUCCCCUGUGCCUCCUCGAGGGUGUGAGCUGCCCUGGUGGUUUGUGUAUCUGGGUUGGCUGUGCGUGUUUCUGACCAGCGGGCUAGCAGCCUUCUUCACGAUGAUGUAUGGUCUGAAAAUGGGUCGAGUGCAGUCUACACAGUGGCUGGUGGCCAUGGCUGUCACCCUGUUCCAGAGCAUCUUCAUCUUGCAGCCUCUCAAGGUCCUGACGAUGGCUCUGUUCUUGUCACUGAUCCUAAAGAAAAGGGACCCGGAUGGUGAGAAUAACGAGCCUCUCAAAAUCUGUGUCACAGACCCUGGAGACACAGUUUGGUUCUGCCAGGAUCGCAGUGACCCCCUGUAUCAGCCUCCUACCCCCCGACUCACCCAGAGCGCCAGAGACCUGCGGGAGCAGAAGAGGAGCUUGUACCUGCUGCUGCGUGACAUACUGGCUCAUUUGCUGUUCCUGUCCCUCCUCAUGGUCAUUGCCUACGCGGCGCGAAACCCAAACCAGUUCUACCUGUAUCGUGCCGUCCACAGCAGUACCUCUACCAACCUGGAGUGGGUGCGCGAGAUACAGGACUUCUACCCUUGGGCCAACACCACACUCCUGCCCAAUCUCUAUGGGGAGUACAGAGGGUUCAUCUCAGAUGGGCACUCCUGGCUGCUGGGCAGCCCACGAUUGCUGCAGGUGCGAGUGCGUGACAGGCCAUGCCCAGUGAUAAGCAAGACCCGGGAGCAGUGCCAUCCUUCCUACACCUCCACGGAUGAGGACACUGCAAACUAUGGGCCAGGCUGGACUAACAGCACUACAGGCAGGCAAUCAGGGCCGGGCCAGGCCUGGCAGUACCACACAGCAGCCAGCCUACAGAAGAACCCAGUAUGGGGCAGGCUAGCGCUGUACCAGGGGGGAGGCUACGCUGUGGAGCUGGGAACGGAGCGAGAGCAGGCAUACAGGGUACUGUCUCUCCUCUCUAAGGAGGGCUGGUUGGAUCAGCGCACCAGGGCACUCUUGGUGGAGUUCAAUGUCUUCAACGCUAAUGUGAACCUUUUCUGUGUGGUGACAUUGGCACUAGAGACCAGCGGAAUGGGAGGGGUCUAUUCCUCUUUGCUGCUUCACAGUAUGUCUCUGUACCUAAGCGUGGGAAGCAGCUCUCUAUUAGUCAUGGCAGCACACAUCCUGUACCUGAUCUUUGUCAUCUAUUACAUGGUUAUGCAGGGUCUCCUCAUGAAGGAACAGCGGCUGGCGUAUUUCAGGAGCCUGCUGAACCUGGUGGACAUGUCAAUCAUCCUGAUGAGCUGGACAGGGAUGGGGCUGUACAUCUCAACACUGGUGUUGGGAGACAGGCUCAUCAGCCAGUAUCAAGGAGACAGGACCAGAUUCGUCAGCUUCAACCAGGUGGUCCUGGUGGACUCUAUUUACAACUACCUCAUCGCCUUCCUGGUGUGUCUAGCCACGGUGAAGCUGUGGCACCUCCUGCGUCUCAACCCCAAGCUAUACCUCAUCUCCUCGGCUAUCCGCCGGGCCUGGGGGGAGCUGCGCCUCUUCCUCUUCAUCAUCGUCAUCCUGAUCAUCUCCUAUUCCAUCACCUGUAACCUGCUCUUUGGCUGGAGUCUGAGCUCCUACUCCACAGUCUCCCGCUCGGCCAUCACCAUCCUGUGUCUGCUGAUGGGUUCUUUCAACUACAAUGAGGUGCUGGCUGUUGACCAUAUUCUGGCAGUCGUGGUGAUUGGCUCGUGUAUCAUCUUCGUGGUCUUCAUCGCAGUGAACCUCUUUGUGUCCGUUCUGCUUGUGUCAUUUCAAAAGGAGAUCAAGAAUCCAACGCCCUGUGAAGAUACAUUUGUCAUGGAGAUCUUGCUGAGGAAGCUGGGCAGCUUGCUGGGGUUUAAUCCCCAGGGGUCUAAGAAGAAUACUGAACCUGCUGAGACAGAGAAAAACACAAAAAAGAAGGGGGCCCGACGCCCAGUAGCAGCAUUUGUCCAGCAGUGGCCCCGUGCAAAGCUUGAUUCCGGGGCCCCUAUUUUCUAUUCUUACCAGUAA